CAGAACGUCAUCCAGCCACCACGCUCACACACUCUUCGACCCACUGCUUCCAAACUGUCGCCGGACCAGCUGAGUCUCGUUGGCCGCCAUGUUACACCCGCGUCGAUAAUGAAAAGAAAUGUAGUAGGCUUUUCGGUCGGCGCCUCUAUCAAACGCAAUGUCGUCGACCCGCCGAAGAUACCGCGUUCUGCGGCUUUUACACCAACGACGGGACUGAAUGGAGGUGCACGCCGAAUAGCGACGUUCGACGGACCAUUUCACCUCUCUAGAGGGUUUUCGAGCCCGUCUCCGCCCAGAUUUCCGCUGUUGUCGAAGAAUGCAGACCCCACAUCCCUGUCAGCCAUUGUCCAUCCGGGCUCUUCAUUGCUCCUCCGGCACCACACAUCCACCUCGCCUCGCCUCCACGAGUCCGUCACAAUAGCUGCAAGCUUGGCAUGGAGAAGAGACUUCCAUAAUCAUGCGUCUCAAAGAGUCAGGAGACUAGGAGAAUUAAACCGACGGAGCAAGAGCUCACUGACUGAUGGCACAAAAAGGAGCCCGCAAGGAGCUCCUGCGUCUCAACCGCACGGUUCUGAUGCCACCACCUCUCAGUCCUCCAGCGCAGGGUAUCCACCGCCCGCUCCCCAGCAGUCCGCACCUAAGGCCGAACUUUCUCCCCAACCCAGUGCACCCCCAAAUCCAGCGGAGCCGAACGAUACCAACCCAGAGUCGGACCCAUCAUCAGCGAAGCAUCUGCUGGAUCGUCUUCCAAACUCAUUGCCGCAUCUUUAUAGACCCACCAAACAGGAGUUGCUGGAGGCAGCAUCGGGCUUCUGGUCGCGGAUGAAGGUUCAUUUCAAAUGGCUCACCAUCAGGAGCACUCGUCCGUUCAAUGCGGACGAGAUCUACGCACUGUUUUCGUGGAUUUUAGCGGCGCAUAUUCUGUGGGUUAUCGUGGGGACAACGACGUUCUUCUCGCUCACAAUCUUCCUGAUCAACACUGUUUUUGCGCAGGAGACGCUGGCGAAGUGGAUUGGCAAUUACCUCACCAAGUCGUCAGGUAUCAAGGUUGUCUUCGAAUCUGCAGUCGUACCCAAGUGGAGAGAUGGCGUUAUCUCGUUCAGCAAGGUCUUUGUCUCCCGGCGCCCUGGUCAGGGACGGGCCAAGGUCAGCAAGGGCUCGCAGACAUCCGCAGCCGCAGCGGCUGCUGCAAUGGCACACAAAGACCGUGAUGCUGCUGAAGGAGUAGAAGAGGAAGAAGACACAAACUAUACUCAGUUCGAUAUAUCGAUUGACACGGUUAAUGUCACUCUGUCCUUCUCCAAAUGGCUCAACGGCAAGGGACUGCUCAAGAACGUGGAAAUCAAGGGAAUUCGCGGUGUGGUGGAUAGAACCUCCCUCAGAGACCCCGAGGAGUAUGUGGACCCGCGGACCUACAAGCAUGAGCACCAGCCCGGCGAUUUUGAGCUCGACUCAUUCAAGAUGGAGGAUUUGCUGGUGACUAUCUACCAACCCAAGAAUUUCCGACCAUUCUCUGUGAGCAUCUACUCCUGUGACCUCCCGCAGUUGCGCAAGCAGUGGCUCUUCUAUGACUUCCUAUCCGCGAACAACAUGUCUGGCUCAUUCGACAACUCCCUCUUCACCAUCCACCCGCGCCAAACGCACAACUACACCGGCGCACAACUCACCAACGGCGUCGACGCCGAAGGCGGCCGCACAUGGAAGAAGCAGAGCCGUAUCCGGAUAGACGGGCUCAACAUCGACCAUCUCAACCGCGGCUACGAAGGUCCAUUCUCCUGGAUCUACGAAGGGAACGUCGACAUAGUCGCAGAUGUCAUGAUUCCCAGCGAUAACGAGGAGAGCAUCGCAAAAGUCAUGUCAGACAUGUACGACCGCAUGGAAGCAACCGUGUCAAGCACGCACAAGCAUUUCACCGACCACGCGCACGACUUCGAGGAAGAGAAGUCUGAAGCCGCACAAAAGGCGGCGGAACGCUCCUCGGAAAACGAUAACCGUUUCAUCAUCAUGGAUGUGCGCGUCCAUCUCAACGAUGUUCGAGCCGCCGUUCCCAUAUUUACGCGCGACAUCUCGUACGUGAAUAAUGCGCUGGUGCGGCCGAUUGUCGCGUACAUCAAUUCGAAGAAGACGUUUAUCCCGGUGAAUUGCAGGGUUGUGAAGCGCGCGAGUGAUUUCGAUGGGAGUUGGACGAUUUACGAUAGCGGGUUGAUGGAGGAUGUGUCGAGGGAGAUGUACGAUGCCUUUGCCCGCGACGUCCUGGACGAUAAUCGCGCCCGGAAACGGAGGAUCAAGAAGGUCGGCAUCUGGACGCUUCAACUGGCGGCUCAGGCGCUGUUUCUGGGUUUGGCGGGUAACGUCGCGUAGCGUAGUGGUCUCCUUUUCCAAUCCUGGCUGUAUAACUCUUGUACGAAAUAUGUAUAUCAUGCCGGGUGUUUGGGCGUUCUGGUUGGGUUUGGGAAGGAACGGGGUGCGGAAUUAUCCACAUCCCACUUUAUGGGUUUCGUGAUGGGUAUCAGGAAAACAAAUGAGGCGAGGAGGGGAGGGGAAUGAUGCUGGUAUGCAUCUUCGGCUUUUGAGGAAGAUUGUACGGUAUAUGUACGCACUAUAGUAAUAUGCAUGUGUGAAUGACAGUUUGGGGAUAUUGACUGUAGCUAGUCGUCAUCACACUCAAGUUCAGCUUCCAAGCGUA